AGACGAUCUCCCGGCGGGCAGUGCGGCCCGGCUCUCCGGCGGCAGCGAGUGCCACGUCCCAAGUGCUCAGCGGAGGAGCCGAGAGGGCGGUUGGCGGGGGGGCGGGGAACAGCGCGGAGCCCGACCCGGCCACGGAUCGCCCGCCGCCAUGGGCGCUUCGCAGAGCGUCGAGAUUCCCGGCGGCGGCACGGAAGGCUACCACGUCCUGCGGGUACAAGAAAAUUCCCCAGGACAUAGAGCUGGACUGGAACCAUUCUUUGAUUUUAUUGUUUCUAUUAAUGGUUCAAGAUUAAAUAAAGACAAUGAUACUCUUAAGGAUCUACUGAAAGCAAAUGUUGAAAAGCCUGUAAAAAUGCUUAUCUACAGUAGUAAAACACUGGAGCUGCGAGAGACCUCAGUCACACCAAGUAACAUGUGGGGUGGCCAGGGCUUGUUGGGAGUGAGCAUUCGUUUCUGCAGCUUUGAUGGGGCAAAUGAAAACGUUUGGCAUGUGUUGGAAGUAGAAUCAAAUUCUCCAGCGGCACGGGCAGGUCUUAGACCUCACAGUGAUUAUAUCAUUGGAGCAGAUACUGUCAUGAAUGAGUCUGAAGAUCUGUUCAGCCUUAUUGAAACACAUGAAACAAAACCAUUGAAACUUUAUGUGUAUAAUACAGACACUGAUAACUGUCGAGAAGUGAUUAUUACACCAAAUUCUGCAUGGGGUGGAGAAGGCAGCCUAGGAUGUGGCAUUGGGUAUGGUUAUUUACAUCGAAUACCUACACGCCCCUUUGAAGAAGGAAAGAAAAUAUCUCUUCCAGGACAGAUGACUGGUACACCUAUUACUCCUCUUAAAGAUGGGUUUACAGAGGUCCAGUUGUCCUCGGUUAAUCCCCCAUCGUUGUCCCCACCAGGAACCACAGAUAUUGAACAGAGUCUGUCAGGACUUUCUAUUAGCUCAACUGCACCAGCUAUCAGUAAUGUUCUCAGUACAGGUGUACCAACAGUACCAUUAUUGCCACCACAAGUAAACCAGUCCCUCACUUCUGUACCAUCAAUGAAUCCAGCUACUACAUUACCAGGUAAGUUACCUUUGACUUGGGGAGGGCCACAUCUGGUCAAUACAAACAGUUAUGUGACUAUGACUACUCUUUUAGUGCUGGGAGGAUGUAUGAUCUGUGCUGUUUUUGUCCUAGGUUUGCCACCUCUUCCUUCCUUGUCUUCCCGAAACUUACCUGGCAUUGCAGCUCUCCCCUUGCCAUCCGAGUUCCUUCCGUCAUUCCCUUUGGUUCCAGAGGUCUCUCCAGCAGCAGGCUCAGCGGAGCUGUUGUCCUCCCUCCCACCCACCAGCAGCCCACCCUCCGACCCCGUCAUGACCACUGCAAGAGCAGAUGCUGCCUCAGCACUCACUCUGGAUGUAACGCUCCCAACUUCCAAGGCCCCGAUCACUGUUGAGGACAGAGUCAGCGAAUCCACCCUAGCCAGCCAGAAGCCUGUUUCUUCGGUAACGGAUGCAAAUGCCUCUGAGUCACCUUAACUUUGAACCAUCUUUGGAGUUGGCUCAGUGUGCUUAUUUAACCACGGAAACGAAUCUGGAAACGCAAACUAUCAUUAAUUUCAUACUAGUUUUUAUCAUAUCUGUAGGCUCCUGUAAAUAAUUCUAAGGGAAAACUAAGCAAGAGGAUCUGAGAUUGUAUCCUGCCAAAUCAGGGUGGGUUCAUGGGCUGGGGAGGGAAAUGUCAGAAAGUGCUUGUAUUUUGAAAACAACCAAAAAGAAUUGAAAGAGGGCUUGCUGCCAGGUUUCCACUGCCAUUCUUGGGGGUGUGCAUCUUUGGGAAAGGUGGCAACAAGGUGUCUACUUUUGUCCCUGCCCCCUGCUGCUCCUCUGUAAGAAAAUGAAACAUUUUAUGCCUAGUUCUCACAUGCAGCAUUUCUUGUAGUUUGUAAAUCAUUUGCGUGAAAGCAGACCAAUUCACUAAACCGUGAAAGGAAAAAAUAUUUUACUUUUGGUCUCCGUGAGUCACAUCUCUAUUAAGGUUUACACAAAAAUCCAGCUAAAGAUGCUUGAUAAAGUUACACAAUGUGCACUAGUAAUUGAACAUCUUUUUAUUCAGCCUAUACACGGAUCCUUGUUUUGAGCUCUCAGAAUUACUCAGACAACAUUUUGUAACUGCUGCUGUUGCUUUAUACGUCCACCAUAAAAUACAUUUAAAAAGAAAUAAAGGAGGUAUUGGUGUUGCACAGUUUUAAA